AUGGAUACUCGGUUGCUCGCAGUAUUGAGUAAGGGUCUUAUGCACUCCACAAGACGCUCCACGGAUUAUUACGCGAAGCCGGCCGCAUUCAGCAAAGCUAUCAGGCUCAGUAUAGCGCAAGCUACGCUUGUGAAUGCGAGUCAAACGAGUCACGAGAUUACGAGGAAGCGUUCGCACCCGCCCGGUCGCAGACUGAGAAACGCUGAUCGAGCCGUCCAGCGAUACAGAGGCAGCAACCAGCGCAGCCCAGCGUCAUCCACACUGCCUUCAUCUCCAGGCCGCCGGCCUCCAAGAAGUAACACGCCUCCGUCAGUUCAGACGAACCUCUCCAUCCGCAUCCCACAUGCGGGCACACUUGGAACUCCUAGCAGCGCCUCUACUUCGAUCCCUCCGGAUGUACACACCCCCUCGGCGCAAAAGGCCCGGCCCUACCAAUAUACUGUUUUCCCCGCACCCCCCUUACACGGCCCUACCAUACGGCCCAUACCCUCUUCUCCUCCCUUCUCCUGA